AACAGUCUAACUAGAAGUAUUGAGCUUUGGUGAUAUAGAACUCUCUAGACCUACAGAAGAGGUAAAACCUCACAGAGAUUAAUUUCUUGCUUUCCUCAAUGCAUUUUAUCCAGGUAAGGAAACAUGGAAAAAAGUGUUGGGCCAGUAUAAACAUGAAAAGGCCUGAGAUUGGUCCAUAGUACAAAUGAGAGAUCAGAGAAAAAAUUACAAUCAUGUCAAUGUUAAUGUUAAGCAUAAAAAAGUUGUUCUAUUACAACAGUAGCUUUGUUUCCUCAGGGAGAACUUUUCCAACAAAGAUAUCUAAUGACACUUGCAUUAAACUGCCGGUGUUGUCCAGUUUUUAUGCUGUUUAGAUGCUGCUGAUCCUUGCGUGGCAUAUGACUGGGUACAGUAUCACUUGUUAAACUGCUGUAUGAAUUAGCCACAAAUGUGUAGGUAGGGACAGAAUGACACUUGUACUUUUUUCAUUACUAUGUCUAAGAAGACUUUGGAAGAAGUCUUUGAUAUUAGUCCCAAUCAUAUGUUGCAUCAUAGUGAAUAUUUAGGAAAAUGACAUUAACAGAAGUAUUGUUUCUGGCUGGCAGAGUUGGAGGCUUCUAAGAAGAACACAUGGUACUGAAUGAGGAAGUUAAAAUUCACUGAAAAUUAAAAUAUAUUUUUAAUAUAUUUCUCUUAUUAUUGCAAUGUAUGGACGUAUAAUGAUGCCUUUUAAAGCAAAAUCUGUAUAUCCUAUUGGGAUCAAUUUAAAAAGUCCAGUUAUGUGUUUCAAACAGUAUUUGUCUUCUGCCCUUAAGGAAUACUCCAACACCAAUCUCAAAGCCAUAUUCACUGUUCUCACACCUCACACCUGGUGGAUGAAUUCCUGUUUGCCCCAGGUAUUUUCAUCCACUGACCUCCUAAGACAAACUUCCUGAGUAUGGUACUGAGUGCUAAAACAGACGAGGCCUAACUUUCAGGUCGAACUUUUGUCCUGACAAGUGUUGUCAAGUUUGCCAAAGCAAAACCUGAGAAAGCAGCUGUGCUGUGCUGCUUGGUGGAAAAUUAUAUGUACGAGGGUCUGCAGACAACAAAGUAGGCCUGCUGUGCAAUGCAUUUCUGCUUUGGCACCUCACUCUUCCAACCUAUUUGGUCUGACAACCUUGACCUGUAAAGAUGUCUUGCCAUGUCAGCUAAAAGGAGAGUGAUGCCUGAAAUGGGGUGCAGUGUAAGCUGCCAACAGAUGAACAUAUUCUCUAAGAUUGUUCUGAGUGUUCGAUUCACCAGGGCUUUUUUUCUUACAACAGUCCAGCUGCCUGGACUGAGUGUGUUGCAAUCAGCUAUUUUAACAGUACACAGUUUCACAAUGAAGUUUCAUUUGGACAUAAAAGAGGAAGCAAGUUCAGCGUGUUGCAGUUCAGUCAGUUAUAAAACCCCCUCAUCUCCUAUGGGACUUUCUAUACUUCUUUGCUACAGAGGGUUAGAAGUAAAACAGAUGUUAUCUUAGAAGUGUAAUUAAAAAGGAAAUAAAAACAGAACAUUGCAUUUUGGUGUAGAACAGACUCACAGGAAGCUUCAAACUAGUUAGAAGACAUCAAUUUUUCUGUACCUGGUCAGCUGCUGUAUCUUUGGAGGAUGCUGUCGGAAGGUUACCUUCAUAGAAUCACCUACCUUUGGGAAGACCUGCAGCCUGCGCUCUACGAGAGUUUGCCUGAUGAAGGGGUGUAUGAAAUGAGGCCCAUUAAUUAUUCUUCCACAGUCGAAGCCCAAGGGAAAAGCCUCCUUCAGAGAUGCAGAUCUGCUGGCAAGCGCAUUUCCUCAGUCUGCUCUAGAGGUAGCAAGCACAGCAGAAGGCAGAAGGAUAAUCUCCCACAACCUGUCCAGCACCCAAUGCCCACAGGACAGCCACCUCCAGCUACUCAUGUCUGUGAGGAGCCAACAAAAAAAGUCACCUACCUGGUUCCACCUUCCUGCAAGAGCAUUUGCAAGAACUACAACGACUUGCAUAUAGCUGGGGACUACGUGGUGCCAAUUAGCUCGGUCACGACGGAUUUUGCUUGUGACAGCGGCAUUGGCCCCUUCUUGGAGUCCUCAGAGAUUCCUCCCGCCAUGGAGUCUGUGAAGGCUCCCCCAGCAAGUGACACCAUCCGCAGGCCGGGCCAGGGCCACUCGUCGUGCUGGCGGCUGGCCAGCCUCGGGCCCCACCAGCAGCCCCUCUCCGACUCCGCCCUGAACGACUACCUGGAGCAGAAGCUGCUGGAGCUGUACAAGCAGUACAUCAUGGACAGCACGGCAAACAGGGCAUCCCCCACCCAGAUCCUGGCCUCGGAGCUAAUCAUGACUAAUGUGGAUCAAAUCAGCAUGCAGAUAUCACGGGAGAGGAACAUGGAGACUGUCAAGGCCAAAGACAUUGUCAUUAGCCGCUUCUUACAAAUAGCCAGUGGGAAAGUUUCCUCAGAAAUGAGCACACCUACUCUGCAUAUUUCCCAGUAUAGUCACAUUAAUGCUUAGUGUUUGAAUGUUAGAAAGUUAUGUUCUUCAAAGUCGGUUUUUAGUUUCAAAUACCUUCUGCUUAAUAAAAAUGGAUUUACCAUCCACCACUUAAAUAAAACCUUUCAGUACAUAUUAAAUAAGUUAAACUAUCUGUACUCCUGUGCUGUGCAGCUCCUAUUGUGGACCAGUAAGUUAUUUUUAAGUUUUUUUAAUGAACCUCAGAUAUUAAAAGAUUUUCACAGAAAAAAAUUACUAAGAGCAUAUAAAACUCUUCCAGGUGCUCUGGUAUUCCCUUUCUCCCCCACAUACUUGAUGUAUCAUUUCAAAUUUCCUCUCUCUGGCAUCUGCCAUCCUACCUCUAGGUCAGUGCUUGUGCAGAUUUACACUCAUGUGAGGACAAGCAAGCACAGUGAUGGAACAGCCACAGAAAUAUAGAAUUUAGGAUGCCAUCCAGUCCACCUCCCUGCCCUUAAGGAAUUUAUUUGAGGACAUCCCUCACAAAAGCUUUUAUAAUUUGUUCUUAAAGAUAUUAAGGAUAGACAGUUAACAGCUCUUUCCAUGCUAACCCUAAUUAUUUAAUUGUUGUCUUCAAGAGUUGCCAUCCCUUUUUGUGAAGCACAAGCUCUGUUUCUAAAUGCACAGCAUCCUCCUGAGUGUGUGUGCAAACCUGUGUGCUUUGCACUGACCUCAACCUUCACAAUGAGCACAGUGACCUGUGAUCACAGACACCACCUUUGGCAGGUGCUCACACACCUGACACUGCGGAGGUGUGGGGACAGCAAUAGUAAUAAAGGGAGCAGAGGAAGGAAAAUUUACCUUUGUUACGAGAACUGCACAUUGAUGAAAAAGGGCUACUCCAAAACCCAUUGGAUUAAUGUGAACAGUGCCCUGGAAUGCAGAAGAAAAACUGAAAUGGAGCACUUGACACCGUCACUGAACACUUCUUUUGUUAGGAUUGUUGUAUCACAGGUCAAGGUCAUUUGAACUUGAUGUAUUUCUAAUAGAAGGUCCUAUUUUGUAAAAUUUCACCAAGUCUUAAAAAAGGAGAAAAAAAACCAAUAACCAGAGAUGCCUCAUGACAAGGGUUUGUACCUACUCUGAGUGUUCGUAAUGUAUAAUAAAUUGACAAUGCCAAUCCAUCAUUGGUUGAAGUUCUGAGUAUCAGAUUAGCAAAAAUACUAAAUUAUACUAAAUAUUCAUAAAAUGAUUUCAUGUUAUUGUUUCCACAGUGUUGUUUUGGCCUUUGUGUGCUUUUCCCCCCCUGAUUUACUUAUUUAUGUAUUUUAUUCAAGGCAAGUUUUUAUGUAUAUUUCAAAAACAAAUGUAAGGUGAUAAACAUGUCAGUUUAUUCUGUUGCUGCUGUUUUUCCAGAGAUUACUGGGAUAGCCCAGCAUAUUUUCCUGCAUGUGCAGUAUUUAAAAAAAAAAAAAGUUGCCAUGAGAACCUGUGAUGCUUAAAUCCAGAGGGUGUACCUCUGUUGCCAUAACAGCCUACGCAAAUACUAUUAUUCAGCAAUUCAAGGCGGAUAAUUUCUGGCAUGCAAUAUUUCUGGACUGUGAUCAAAUGCUAUUUACAAAUAAUUUUUAAAAGGCUAUUUUUAGGAGAAAAUAAUGAUCAUCGUAAUGCAUAGGCACACACAUGCAUUCUGCAUGCAACAUCCAUUACCAACAACCUGGAAAAAUGACUUCCAGAGGAGAGCAAAGGCACAGAAAUGUAAUAGCUUCUAUAACCUGCAGAUACAGAUUCAGGCUUUUCAAAACACGAGGCUUUUGUUCAUGCCUAUUGACAUUCACAUCACUGAGUUUCAGUUGCAAAAGAUGUAGUGGAAAGCAACUUGCAGAGUUGAAUGCGUAAAUCAAUACCCUUGCUGAAAGAUCUGACUCCUUCAUCAGAGGACACAAUCGAUUCUUGCGCUCAGCUCUCCCCACUCCACAGACCUCGUCCUGCGCAAACAAACCAGCAUUUUAUAGUCUCUUACUCAGAAAUCCCAGCCUUCAUCUCCCCCCCAGACACGUGGGCAGCACCUGGGCACCAUGUCCCGUUUCUCAGAAGCGAAGCAGCAAGGAGGGAGGGCAGCUGGAGAGCAGGGACCAAGAGCUCUGCCCAAAGAGGCUGGGAGCCUCCCACAGCUGCUGUCAGGGGCCAGAGCCAGGGACAGUGCUCAGACAACAGCAGUGGAAAGAAGAAAUCUGAAAUGUACAAAAGCAGGCUCAUGCAUAUGAAGGGCAUGUUUGAUAUUUACCAAUCUACUACAAACCAUUCCACUCUCAGACAGCUUUCUUCCAAGCAAAUCACUUACUGCAGUCAUACUGACUUUCAAGGAAAGAUCUUAUUUUGUAUUGUUAGACUGACAUUAAUAAUUUUAUUUUAUUUUGUAAAAAGUCAUAAUCAUUGCAGAAGCUGAUUUAUUCAUCAGACACUUCUUUCCCACAGUUAUUUUCUUUGCCUAAAUCUAAAUGCUCAUUUCACUUUCAGCCCUGUAGUGUGCCUGUUUCUCACAUGAAUUACGUAUCAGCCACAUCCCAUUAUCUGAAGCAGCUCGUGGAUUUCGGGCAGUUCCUACAUAAACAACUACUUCUUCCUUUCCACUAUACUAAGAUGAAAGUACAUUUAUAUCUCUGUCCUUCUUCCAUUUAAACCCAAUCUUGCUGUAGGUGUGCCUGUUUCCUGCAGAAAGCACUCGGAUAGCAAUUAGGCUGCUAUUACCCUGACUCAGGUUGUUAUCUAAAGCGAUUAUCGUUUUCUCUCUCCUCUCUUUCUCCUCCACCUCCUCUUCUGCCUCAGGGUCAAGCAUUUAAAGAGACAGAUCCCAGUUUUUUAGUAGCUCUCUUAAAUAACUAAUUUUUAGUCAGGGACACAUAAUUUCUUGACACGAGCUUGUCAAAAUGCUGAUAGGAACCCUGGUGUCUGGGGAGUGUGUGUUGGAGAGGAGAGUUUGAAUUCUGCCCUCACAAUACAUCCUAACAGUGUGGCUAUUUUAAUAUGACUAAUAUAAAUUAAGAAGGUAAAGAAAAUUGUGAUGAAUAUUUUGGUAACUCCUUGGUUAAAAUUUUGACCAACUGUCAAGAAACUGUUCUCAGAAGGAGAGUUUAUAGCCACCUUCAGCAUACUCCAGCAGCUUCCUUAGGCAUUUUUUGCAGAACAUAUUACUCAUUGCUGACAACAUGAUUAUAGCAACUAUAGGGAUUUUAUUGUUUAUAGAUGUUGUGACUGUGCCUCCAAGUUUCUGAGCCCGUCACUGUGGCAGAUAACAUUACUCGUGGACUCCAGGAAGGCUGGAUGUGUAGUGUGACAAGAAAAACCCUUGGCAGAGGGAGAAAAGAGAGGGAAAAGGAAUUUGUCAAAUUUGUUGGAACCUGUAGGACCUGCCUUUGGUUUCAACCCCUUUGCUGGCUCUGAUUUCUCAUCCGUACCAAGAAACACUGGAGGGAAGAAAAAUGGAUAUAAAGUGAAGACUGGGCUUUGUGCUGAAUGUGAAAGCAAGCAUUUCAUGCUCUGGUUGUUAGGUUCAGAUGAAGGCAAAAAGCCAAGCAUCUAAAACUGAAAUAAAUGCAGUUCUACAGUGCUGACUCCAGCCAGGCAUAUUGCUGGUAUUUCACCUUGGGGAAGCUGGGACCUCCCAGCCCCACCAAGGUUCAACUCAUUCGCCUUCUACUGUCCUUUCAAGGAUUGAAGCAGUGGGGAUUUGUUUAGGACUAUCCCUUUCCUGAGCUUCUUCCUACCACAGGUUUCUCUCUGAGAUAGGACCUGCUGGGAUGUAACCAGCUGCCACUAUACUUGGCUUGGGCAGGAGGGGGUGAAAGGGACUGCAGGUUUUGUUACCUUGAUUAUCAGAAUUGGUGUAAUAGAUCUUGCUGUUAUGGACAGUAUGGGCUGGGAAACAUCCCUUGUUCUCCCAGAUUCAGGAGGGAUAAUAAUCAAUUUAGGGAGAUCACCCACCAUGUUGCAGUGACAUCUCACUGCAUUCUUUAAACCAAUACUGACAUAUGAAAGGACUGCCACACUUUUGGUAACUGGUGAAGUUCCUAAUUUGCCACACACCUCAUUAAAUGCAACCUGCAUGUGUAGGACAGCUGGUGUGUGUCUGCUUGGCACCUCUCUGUUCACAGCAACCCCCUCUCUGACAGACACAUACAAUGACUAUGGACAGUGCUCAGAAGGGACAUGAAUUUCUCCAUCUGCAUUAACUACAGAGAGUGUGAGCAUGACAGCACCUUAAAUCAAUGUAUUGGCAUCCAAACUGACAGGGCUGGUCUCCAGCUGGUGGAGCCAUGCCAGCUAACAUGGACUGAGACCUGCUCACCAAUCUGUGUUGUGCUGGGUAAAACCAUCACUGUCUUUGAAGAGCAUUUGCAGUUUAGAAAUAUGUAGCAGAAUAUGACUAACAUGUAAAGGAACAGAAGUUUAGGUCAAACCGGAAUUAUUCUGUGCACUGCAGCGUUACUGCUGCUUCUGCUGCACUGGGAAGAGCUGGCUUGCUGUCUCUCAGGCAUUUCUGAUGACAGGAUUAUGAUGGCUGUUCAGAACAUUAGGCAGGUUUUCUAAGUGCUGAAGAGAACAAUGUUCCUGAGGGUCAUUCUCAAACCUUCUUCCAUCUCUUUCAGGGCAAAUAGUGAAUAAAAUACCUUGCUUGAAAUGGAAAUCCCCUCUAGGAGUAUUAACAGUGCCUCAUUUUGUUAACACCUGGUUAUUACUGAACUCUGUGCUGCUGUCCUUCACAGUGUGACUUUAGCUUUCCACAAAGCUGUUCACUGAGGGCUCAUGCAUUUCUGCCAUGUCAAAACCUCCAGGACUGCCCCAGCAUUUCCCUCCAUCCUCCUGCCAUGCAACCCUACGUUUGGCGGCUUUGCAAGCUGUGCUCCUGUGCACUCUAACCUCCCCUUGCCCCUAUAAUCUCCCCUCACAGAAGAUGAUCCUGGCUCCCCUAACAACCAGAACAACCAGUCUGAUGGCAGAGACAGAUACUGAACAUCUGGAGGGAACCACUGGAAAAGGGAGAUCGGGCACUGAUGGCCUGAGUUCCUGUGGGAGAAGCUGGGGACUCCUGUAAAGGUGGAGGAAGCCCUUGCAGAGCUGAGUUUGUGAAACAUACUGGGAGAUGGUGGGCAGCUGAGGAAAGAGGUUUCACAAUUUUCCCAGCAAAGACAAGCCUGAGGGAUGGCAGCAUUUCCAGCCACUCCCUGGAUGGAAGGUGUGUCUCUGUACUUAAAACCGAGUAAUCUCCCCAGCUCCACCCAUGGCAUUUUUCAAGCAGAAAGAGUUGUGGGAUCCCACAUAGGGUUUUGUUCCUUCCCUCUGCAGCCACACCUGGGCAGGACACCCCAGGAGCCUCUGGCCACAGCAGGGCCCAUCAGCUCUGCUGGACAGACGUGUUGCAGCCUCCACUCCUGCUCCAGGGGGUGACAGUGGGGACAGGGGGCUGCAGCAGCUGAUGAUGCUGCUGCUCCACAUCUUCCCCCAGACCCCACCCUGGCUGCCUCAGUUCUGCCCUGUUUUCCUCCUUCACUGAACUCUGCUUGCUAAACACAAAGUGGGAUAGGAAACCUUUCUUAAGAACAAGCAAUGGGAAUGGGAAAGACAGGAAUAAUAGUCAGGCCAUGCAGUGGCUUUUUUUUACAAAUUAAUUUUUCUGUAACCAGAGGUAGACUAUAAGAAUAAAAUCAUAAUUGGCAGAGCUGACUUUGGUAUUUUCACUGAUGCAAUUGUCUAAUGUUCAUCUUUACACACAAGCUCCUUUGCCUGAAAAUGGAUCCUGUUUGGAGGGGAGGGAUGGAACAGGAUAGAAAUCAACCAGUAAUAAUUUGAUCAGUACAAUUUCAACACAGGUGACAUAUUCCUAUGCAUUUCUACAUAGAAAAA